ACUCAUUGCGCAUGAAUAUGUCAGCCAUGUUCAUUAAAUGGUGGAUUCUUUCUACAGUAACUGUGGAUAGAACAUCAAGUCGUUGAACAAGUUAUUCUGAUCAGGUUUAUUUCUACGAUUCUCUAUCGUAUGCUUUUACAACUCGUUUUACAGAUCUAGAUUUCGCUCAGCCAUUGAUCUAAUCAAGAUCUAGACUAGUUCUAGUCUGAAGACGUCUAAAUCUAGUUAGACUAGUCUACUUAACCAUCCAUACGUCUCAUACGAUACCGAUCAAAACAAGACUCAUUGGCCAUUCCCAUUGGAAGACGUCUACGGUCUAGACUCAUCACUUUGUCGACGUCUUUUCUUGGAAUUAGAUCUAGAUCUAAUUUAAUUAAACUUCACUCAAGCCAGUGAUUCUCUGAAAUAAUCUAGAUCUUAAAUUGAGUUUCUUUUAGACUAUUGUCAAGACUCAACUGUCAACACAUUGAUUUGAAUUGAUCAGAGUCAGCGUGUGAAUAUUAUGCUGUAUUAUUUUUUUUUACAAAGGUGUCAAAGGUUGAUGCAUUAAAAUACAUUGAAUCAUCAAGGUUUAUAAUGGAAUGUCCAUUACUGCAGCCUUUAGACUUCCUUCACAUUACUCAGUCUUUCAUACAAUGUGCAUGUUAAUGCUGGAAAAUUCAACUGUUAUUUGUAUUGCUAAUUAAAAAAAACAAACUUUUUUUGCUGUAUAAAAAUUAUAAAAUGGCAUCAGCUGCACUUUCAAACACACGAAGCAGUGGGGGUGCUAGGCCUCGCAAUAAACCAAAUAAUUUACCAAACAGACAAUAUCAAAACAAUUAUCAAAACAGAAGAGAAACUCCUGAGCCAGAGCCAUCAAGAAUUUCACCUCAAGGUUUAUAUAAUGAUCCCAGAACUGCCAUGAUCAUGUGCAGUUUUAUGGGCACACGAACAACAGUUAAAACAACAAGUGGUAACACUUAUAAAGGACAUACUACUGGCUUUUCUGAAAAAGGAGACAUUGCCCUUUGCGAUGCCAGACUGGAAGAUGAGGAUAACAACUCACAGAAUCCAGUUAUACCUGGAAUAAUUAUUCACAAAGAUAGAUUUGUUGUAUGCAAAACUAAUGGAGUAGAUCUUAAAAGCAUCUGUUCUGGUUCUGAUUUUACUGAUUCUGCAAUAGCUAGCAGGUCAAAUGGCAGCAGUACAGAGGGCCAACUGAGACAGUUACAACCCUGGCAAGAUGACGAUGCUCAGGAUAUUAAUCCUAAUCUAUCACUAGAUGACAAGAAUGGAGGAUGGGAAGCCAAAGAAAUGUUUGCUGUAAAUAAUGAAAAAUUUAAUGUGCAAUCUUCUUUUAAUGAAGAUAUGAAUGAGUACACAACAAAGUUACCAGAUCCUAACUCUGAGGGCUAUGAAGAAAGGCAAAGAUUUGCCCAGAAGCAAGCAGAGGAGAUUGAACGUAGUGAGGCAUAUCAAAAUAGGAUAGCUAAGGAACUUAAUGAUGGGGAUGAAGAAAACCGCUUUUCAGCUGUUCAUCGAAGUGGGGAAUCACAGCAAACACACCGCUCUGUGGAGUCUAACAACGCUGGUGGAAAGAACCCAUACACAAUACCUGCACUCAGAGGAGAUGGGGAACAAAGCUUAAAGAAUGGAUUGCCAAGAAAUCAGGCCAGGCAGUUUCAAAGACAAGUGUCUCCUUUAUCUGCUUCCAGCCAACAAUCACAGCAACAUCCCCACCAUCAUUCUCAGAACCCACGGCCAAUAAACAACCAUUACCAGGGCCCACCACCUUCUUCCAAUGUACCAUUAAGAAAUCAAGGGCCACCGGUUGUACACAGAGCCCAGGCAUCCCAGAACCACAGUGUCCCUCCUACACAGCUUCAGUUCACACAGCAGCAGCCUCCUCCUCCCCCUCACUCCCACACCCAGCCCCCAGCGCAGCAGCAUCAAAGACCAGCACAGCAGCUGGUGUCGCCAACCCAGCAUGUCAACAGUAAAUCUCAACCUCACCCUCCUCAUCAGCAGUCCUCCCCAGCCAAUAUACCAUUGUCUUCUCUAACUCAGCAGGCCCCACCUCAGCAUCAAGUGCAGAACAAGAUGAGCCCUCCAAACUCUCAGGCGCCACAAACAUUGCCAAACGCUAAAAGUGUUCCAGCUGCAACUAAUAUCAAUGGACCAUUACCCCAAAACAAUAUGACUAGACCACAGAAUGUGAAACAAAUUAAUGGAGAUGGGCCAAAUAAUAUAGAGAGUCCAAGUCAGAAACAUUUAGAAGCCCAGUUAGCAGGCCCAGUCUCAGCGGCAGAUAGUCAACAGGUGCCCAGGACUGUUGUUCCUGUUUCUCCCCCAUCAGUGCUUUCAAAUGAGAGAAGAGUUGGAAGAGGCAUGGAAACACUUAUAACAAGCCCAGAAGAGAGAAAGAAAAGUGUGGAGACAUUAAAAGAAUUCAAGCGCAAUUUUAAUUUGUCGAAUGACAAUAGACAAGAGGAGCCGGUUGAGACAGUUCCAAUGGCAGCAGCACCUGUGGCUUCAACAGCACCUGUCAAUCUAACACCAGAAGUAGUUUCUCCUCAUAUAGAACCCACAGAGUUUCCUCAUAAGCCUUUAGACAAAACUGAUGAAGAGGAAGCACCAACUGAUAAAGUCAGUAAAUCAACAUUGAAUCCAAAUGCCAAGGAAUUCAGACCAAAAGUCCAAACUAUCACUGAAGCCCAGUCCCCCUCUCCUCAGCCUAGGAGUUCUCCUCAUAUACAGCAGCCUAUGGUUUAUUACAAUCCUGUUAUGGUGCAAUAUCCAAUGGUACAAAAUACUUCUAGAAAACGAGCUACUGUUUCACUUAAUCAUCAACUCAAUACUUUGAGUACUGUACCUGAUUUGUCGCAUGUGACUGGACAACCACUUUUAGCAACACAGCCUGUAGUACUCAUGCCAAGCAAUGGACAGCAGGGUUAUCCGUUUCGGAUGUUUUCCCCUGGUGUUAACUCUAUAGCACUGGCUCAAGGUGGACAGCACAUUGGAAUAGAUCAAGGGUCACAACAGGGCCAACCUCAGACUGUAUUUAUGGCCGCCCCGACCCAGCCUAUGCCGGCUCAUCUUGCACCACACCCUCAGCCAGCUCACAGUCAACCUCACCCAUCGUCCAACCAGGCACCCCAGCCAACACAUGUUCCCAACCCAGCACCAUCACCAGUGCAGCAGCACAACUCCCAACAGAUGCAGCAGCAAUUGGCACAUCACAUGUCACAGGUGCCCCCUCAGUCUUUGACCCCCCAGCCAGCGCACUUCCCCCAGAUGAAUCUAAGCUAUGCCAUUCCUGCCAUGCCUAGGACCACAGUGUCUGGGCAGCAAGGCAUCUCAGCAGCACACCCGACAACAGUUAGUAUAGGUUAUCCUGUUUCUCAAUAUCCUUAUCCUAAUGGUAAUCCAGCUCAGUACCCAUUUGCACCUGCAGCACACCCACAGACAUCCCAAAAUUCCUCACAUGGGCAAGGACCUCAACCUCAGUAUGUCAUGAUGCCUAGUCCACAUCCACAAGGGCAUCCUCCUAUGCAGCAGAAUCCACAACCAUAUCCAGCUGGUAUCCAGUUCCAGCCCCAGCACAAUAUUAUGCAAGGACCACCACAGAUGCCCCCUAACAUGGGCCCUAAUCCAAAUCAAGGUGGGCACCAUAUAAUCCAUUCACCAAUGCCUGGCAUUCAUCAACAAGUCUCAAGUUCUCCAAGCAUGUACAUGCCAGCUGCUCCUCAGUUCUAUGUGCCUCGAGAAGGCUCACGAAGCAGCUCUACAGCAGUAUCAGCACCAACAAUAAUGUUUACUUGGCCUUAGCUAUGCAAGAAUGUAAGGAUGAAUGUGGACACAGACUCAUGCAGUAUCAAGGAGUGAAUGUAGGGAAAGUGAAUGUUUUUUUCUCGUCAUCUUUAGCACAGAGUUGAAAUGCUCGCUCAUGCUCAAACUGGCUCAUGUGUUUGGCAUCUGUGCAUCAGCAUUUACAGACCAAUUUGUCUACAGCAAAGGUUGUACAGAAGCACAGAGGCACCAUUAUGUUUGUGCUCUUAAGAGAUUUAAGGCAAUAACAGACAAAACAGUUUUUUUUUUUCUUCAGUAACUUAAAGUUGUGAAAAUUGUGGAUCAGAAACUUCAAGUUAGUGAAAUUCAAAAUAUGUUGAACUUACAGAUAUAUUCUAUUUAACCUGGAGGAUUUAUUCUGUGACAUCAGCUGUGCUCAUUUCUUGUGGGACUGUUUAUUUCAGACUUUUGGAGGCUGAUCUUAAUCAAAUGUUUGAUAAGCACUGCUUUGUUUGGAUCUUCAACUAAAGGAUUUUACCUGCAAGCCUAGGAAUGUAUUCUCUGUUUCUUGGUUGGUGACUAUUUUGAACUCGUGAAAGCUAAUGGACUUUCUUAAUUUCAAUUUUCAUUUUAACUUUCAAGUUACAGCAGACAUCAUCUGGUGUAGAACUUAGAAGAUGAAAAACAAAAACAACUUUUUUGUAAGUUUAUACUUCCAAGAAAAUCAUAAUAUGUUAAUGCUGUGUUGACAUUGCUGAAUUUGGCAUGUCACAUCUUAGGUUGAAAGGUUUUGUUUUUUUGUUUUUUUUGUAGGGCGCCUGAAGUGCCCUAUCAGGGUUGAGCACCUUACUAGCUUUUGUUACACCUUCAGUCUUGAUGCAUACCAUUGUGUAUGACAGGUGACCUACAAACAAUGAGAUUCACUCUCCUUCCUUUGCGCAAUGUAAUUUUAUGAAUUGCUGAUAGUGAAUUGCUGUGUGUGCAGAUAGGUUUGUAAAGGUUGGUUGUUAAAAAAGAAAACUUAAUAUAUGCAAAUUCUUGUUUGCAUCUGUGAGUGUUUGUACUGUCAGGAAUUGGUUCAUUGCUUUUUAAUUUUCCUAGUAUUGAACCAUUAGUGAAUGUGAUGUUGCCCAAUCAUAUUUCACCGUUCCAUUGGAUUUUAUUUCAUCUUUUUUUUUUUUUAUUAUUUAGUGGCCUUAGAAGAUAUUUUUUGUUGAGGCUACAAAACUAUAGAAUCCAGUGCAAAUUUGUUUUUUUUUUUUUGUCUAAUGUGUGUUCAAGUGAUAUAAAUGUGUGAAUAUAUCAGUAGAGAGUACAUCUUAAAAGAUUAUUGACAAUUUUUAUUCUGUAUGUACGAUUCAGGUGAGCAAUGCUUUAUAUUAUUAUUAUUACUACAUGGAGUAAGGUUCAGCCAGGAGAUAAGCAAAAGGCUAAUCACAUACAUUUUGUGAUAUAAAAAAAAAACAGAGAGAGAUGAACUAUAUUAAUUGAUAAAUGAGUUCAGCGACUGAAGACAUUUUAUACACAUUUAUUUAUAAACUGCAAAUUUUUGUGAUAUACUUGUAAAUUGAUCACAAGGUUGCAAUGUAUAUUUCUGAGGGUGUUGCAUUACAUCGCAGAAGUUGUACUGCAUCGCAGCAGCAUUCAUGUGGAGGAGGGUAUGUCAUGCUGCAUAGUUGGUAUUUGGCACUGCACUUGAAAGUGAAUGGGGGGGGGGGGUACUUACCAUAAAACAGUGCCUCUCAAGACCCAAAUUGUAGCAGGCUGGUAUUGUAAUGAUUUAAGGGUAGUGUGCAAGUGUGGAUUUAUAGUGAAAUAAAAAGAUCUCUCUGGUUUAAACUGGACACAUACAAAAUUAAUCUGCUGGCCUUGUAAAAAAAUGUUUCAAAUAAUGGAUUUUAUGAAUGCUAUGUAAAAAACAAAUUAACAUGUCUGAGUGGGUCUUAAGACUGAUAUCCAUUUUGGUCUAGGAGUUUUUAAUUUGUGUGGCAACAUUUUCAUCUUUGAAUUUGAGUGUUGAUGCCACCUAGGUAUAAUGAGUUAGUGUAUUUAUGUUCAAUCUGGUCAACUUUGUUAAUGCUAUGUGUAUGACUGGGUGUUUAAAUGUGAAUGGAUGUGUUAAGAUGUUUUUGGAUCAGGAUAUUUGCUUGGACUAAAUGAGAGCAGCUAUAGCAUGGGUUGAUAUACACUUGGUUUGAGUUGUACUAUAAGUGUGAAGUUUUAUCCCGGGCUUGGUGUGCAACAAUAGAUUGAGCCCCAGACUGGUCCCAAAAAAGCAGAUUUUAAAAUUUGCCAAAAGCAAUAUUUAAAAUUCCUUCUUGACGUGUUUCAGAAAUUUAGACUAAAAUGUGUAGAAUUUCAAAACGAUCAAAUUUCUCAACAAAAUAAAAGAAUGAUCUGAUAUCCAGACUGCAGCCAUGAAAUUGUCUGUUGUCAAAGAAAAGUGAGUGAGUGAAUUUGAUCUGUUUGACAUUGUUCACAGUACAACGGGACCAGUCCUCCAUAUGUGAUAAGAAGUAUUUAUGAAUGCAGAUUAUCUCAUCUUAUCAUCUUCUUCCUCAGACCAAAUCUUCCUCUUUAAAUACAUUGAAUUUUUUUUCCCCCCUAGCUUACCCAAGGGCUCGCAGGAAAUAGUAUAGACUGCUGAAAUUUUUAAAUAUGUAGCUCUUUUUUUUUUUUUUUUUUUUACUUUGUUCUAGAACUAGUGGAGGGGGGUGUGUUCCAUCCUGAAGUCUUUAAAAAAAAAUGUGUGUUUGCUUGUUUAAAACAUUUGUUUCAGAAUAGCUCGGGUAUGUCUACAAUUAUCAUGUUCAUGAUCAUUUCAUCACCACAUGCUAUUGAUCCUUCAACAGUGUCCGUUAGGUCAGUUCUCUGCAACACUAAAACUAUAAGCCAUCCUCUAGGGUGAGAGGAGAAAAAAAAAAGGGGGGGGGUGGGAGGGGGUUGAUAAUGGAAAAUAUUACCUUCAAAAGAAUAAGACCAAACAAACAAGUGUUGGGGUUAUAAUGGUGACUACAUAAAGUUAAUUUAUCAGGCAGUUUACCAAGAGGAAAACAAUGCUUUGAGUGCUGUGACUAGAGAAUUUGGUCCUCUUGGUCAGCUGCCUGGAAGAUUGAUGUCUAUUGAUAUUAGGAGCACUUGUCAAUGUUUGGGUUGACAUUUGUCAGAUGUUCUUUUUUGUUUUCAGCUUAGGGGGAUACAAAUGUAACAUUCUUUUUAGAACAAAUGAAAUUAAUGUAUUUUUUUUUUUGUUUUGGAUAAAAUAAAGUUACACCCACAAAUUCUUGAAGAAGAAAAAAAAAAGUUAAAAAAAAAACAACCUA